ACCCAUCGGUUUUAAAUCCGGUCCUGACUUUCUACUCUGACAACAUGGCCAAUAGAAACAAAAAUAAUUGCUAUAACUAACAAACUUCAAAAAACUUCUUAAACGUCAAGAAAAACUAACAAAAAAAAACUUCAUAAUUAGAUUAUACUUAAAUAUCUCUCAAGUAAAACAAAUAAUCUUAUUUUUUUAAUAAACAGUCCGCAUAUGAACGCAAAUCAAUGGAAAGAAUUACAAAAUAUUUAGAAAAUAUUGAGACCUGCGAGAACUGGUUUUUCUCUUACUUUGUUUCGAAGAAUCAACACCUGGUGUACAUUUUAAAACUAUGCAUUAUUUUCUUCUUCGGUACUCUUAUACCUGGCUACGUAUUCAUGGUUGUUGAAGCUGAGGCAGAAAAACCAAUAAUACCAUACUACUUAGAAGAAAAAGACAGACAAAUUGUGUUGCAUCAUGUACGUGAAAUCAAAGCUAAUACUAGCACCAUUGAAGAAUUUACAGAACAAGUGGAUCCUCUAAUGGAGUUCUACAGGGAACUUAUAGUGAGAAGUGAAAGAACCAAAACCUUUGUAAGAAACAAUCGUGGUUUGAAGAUAUGGACGCUGUGGAAUAGCAUAGUUUACGCUGGAACGGUAUACACUACACUUGGCUAUGGAGAGUUGACUCCAAACACCUACAUUGGCCGCUUAUUGACAAUGAUUUACGGCCUCAUCGGCAUACCGUUAUUCUUGAUCGCUUUAACGGAUUUUGGUCGUUUUAUAACGUUGAUCAUUAAGUUUCUUUGGUCGUUUGUUCGAAGACUUUACUACACCGGCAGUUGUAGGAAGAGGACGAAAAUUAUCAAAGACGAUCCAAUCAGUAGAGAGUUAUUCGAUCUAAGUCUAGGCGUCGAAAAAUCCGCUUCUAUGAUUGAUAAACAAACAUCAGCCACCACCCAAGCUGCUUUAUCGGAGGAUACAGCCACUACACCAGACCUGUCCACCUUCGAAAUCGACGUAGAAUUCGAUCUUCCCAUAUCCCUAGCGAUAUUCCUGUUAUCCGUGUACAUGUUCAUCAGCGCCUUGGUCUACUCACAUUGGGAGCGUUGGAGUUUUUUCGAAUCAUUCUACUUCAUCUUCAUUACGUUAUCCACAGUAGGUUUCGGGGAUUACAUUCCCCAUCAUCCUUUCUGUCAAGUCAUUUCCGUCAUCAUUAUCUUCUUCGGAUUGGCGUUGUGCACCAUCCUCAUAGUGGGGAUUCAAAAAUAUUUCGACACCACUUUCCAAGAGUCUGAUGUCGAUGCUACAGACGUCGAUUCAUUUUACGGGUCUGACGAUGAAGACUCAUUGGAAUCGUUAGAUAUACUCAAUUUCGACAAGGAUGAAUCGGUGCAGAGGAUCAUCAAAAUGGAAGAGGACGAAGAAGUCAAGAUGGGGAUUCAUAGGAUGAGAAGUAGAGCUGUUACUUUCUAGAUCAAUAAAUUUUGUAUACAAUGCUAAUAUUAAUAGAAACGAUGUUUUGGAAGAUAAGCUGGAAAAAUCUUGAUUGUAAUGUUAAUUUCAAUAGAAAGGAUACUAGUAUGGAAGAUAGAAGAUAGAAAUAAAGUUGAGAUGAAAAAGUUUUCUGAAAAGAAGAAAUAUCAUGAUGAUGCGUCGUUGGGUAAUAAAGUGACUAAAAUCGACAUGGAAAAGUAGUUUUAUAUUUUAUUUAUUUUGCUUAUUUGUACAAAUAAAAGUUUUUGAUUUCUA